AUGUCGACGGACUACAACUAUGACGAGCAGGGGCAAUUCUUCCCUUACUUCGUCGCCACAAUGUUAUUCCUAACUCUCGCCCCAGUCACAUAUUCUACCUUUGCUCCUAGCAAACAGGUCGGAUUGCAAAACAAUCCUCGCAUUGAAUCCUCCUUUAAACCUGCCGAUUAUGACCAUAUUGAACAGCACAAGCGAAAGAAGAGAAAAGAGUCCAGAAGGAUAAAGCGAAUGAUCUUCUUAACUUUGGGAUGGUCGUUAUUCUCCUACAUGAUCUACCUCAUCGUCACAUCUUCGGCGCUCACACCCCAGAUAUGGGACCCAUAUAGCAUAUUGGGCAUCUCUAUGUCUGCCUCCGAAAAAGCCAUCAAAUCCCAUUACCGUAGAUUAUCCAUCAAAUUUCACCCGGACAAAGUCAAGCUGCAAGGCAAUGACACCAUGGAAGCCGCCAAUGAACGUUGGGUCGAAAUUACAAAGGCAUACAAGGCCCUUACCGACGAAGAAAUUCGUAAGAACUACCAAGAAUACGGACAUCCCGACGGGAAGCAGUCUUACAGCAUUGGUAUCGCUUUGCCACAAUGGACGAUCGCUGAUGGAUCGAAGUACUAUGUUCUGGCUUUCUAUGGUGUUAUGUUCGGAAUGGUGCUUCCCUACUACGUCGGCAAGUGGUGGUAUGGUACCAAGAAGUACACCAAGGAUGGCGUUUUGAUGGAAACGGCUGGAAGAUUGUUCAAGGCUUUUGAGGAAGAUUGCGACGAGAAGAAAUCCAUUGAAGUACUUAGCGCAGGUGGUUUGGAGAAGUUUCAGAAAGACGAAAAGAACUUCGAGGGCCAAGAGCACAUCAUUGAAUCCGCUAUCAAGGACAAGGUCCCCAUUGGCGUCAUGAAAACUCUUGAGAAGAUGGACGGAUGGAAGCGAAAGACAUACGGUUUACUCUGGGCCUACAUGACAAGAACAAAGUUUCAAGACGCGAAAUUGGAUGCUGAAAAACUCGAUGUCGCCCAAGAAGCUGUGUCGUGGAACAACUCCCUCCUUUCUAUUGCCCUCGCCUACUCUAUCACAAAGCCCAUCCUUAGCUCUAUGCGCGUGAACCAAAACCUUGUCCAGGCUAUUCAGCCCGGCGGCUCUCCACUCCUGCAACUCCCCCAUUUCACUGAAGAACUUUGUGAAAAGAUCGAAGAAUUCGGUGCCAAGGAUCACUGGACAAUUCAGCGUUUCAUGUCCCUCCCUGAUGAAAAGCGAAGACAACUUUGCAUUGGAAAGGACGGCCUUACAGAAGAGCAGUACAAGGAAGCUAUCUCUGUCGCUCAGAAGAUCCCCAUCUUACAUGUUGAAAAGGCAUUCUUCAAGGUCCAGGGAGACAAAGUCGUCACUCCUAACGCCAUCUGUCACCUUGUUCUCAAGGUCCGCGUUGUUCCUGCUGGUGUAAAACCCCCUCCAGUCGAUCCCAAAGACCUUGAAGACGAGGAUCCCGCAGAAGACGAUAUUGAUGCCUUGAUCGGUAGAACCCCACCAAAGUCCAAAGCCCAAACCGGUGCCUCUGAAAAGUCCCCCAUUCCUACUAAUGAAGUUGAAAAGUCUGCCCUUGUCACUGCCACCGAGACCCCACUACCAACCCUCACACAUGCCCCGUUUUUCCCCGCUGCCACACUUCCUAAAUGGCACGUCUUCCUUGCAGACCGCCGAGCUGGACGUAUGAUCAUCGCCCCAAUGACAAUUCUACAAUUCCCAGAGAACACAGACAAUUUCCAGGUCCAGACUUUCAAGUUGCAAUUUGGCGCUCCACCAAACGGUGGCGAGGUUCAUUUCCAGAUGCAUUUGGUCUGCGAUUCGUAUCUUGGAACGGACUACAAGGCUAGCAUCAUAUUGAAAGUUGAUGAGCCCGGUAUGUUUGGUGGUCGGGAUGAAGACGAAAUUAGUGAGCCCGAGGAAGAUUCAAUCGCUGGUGUCAUGGCAUCCGCUCGUGGCCAAAAGGUUAAACCAUCGCCAUACCAUAGCCACCACCACGACGACGAUGACUCUGACGAAGAUGAUGAGAGCGACACGGAUGGUGAGCAAGAUGACGGCAGUGCAACUGACACUGAUACCGACACCGACGAAGAAUAA